AUGGCAGUCAUCCCACUGUCACAAUCAGCUCCAAAUGAUAGUGAUGCUCCACCUAGUCAGGAUGCUCCAUCUGUUCAGGAUCAUAACAUAACUACUCAGCAAUCCACACCUGAUCUCUCAACACAGGUUUCAAGUGGUGUCAUCCCAGGUCCUUCCAACCCUGUGGCAGCAACACCAGCAGCACCCCAAGUCAGGCCCGCACCAGUGACCAGAAGAACACCGUUUCGGCCUCCACUCCAGGUUCCAUCUACAGCGGCCCAAAAAACUCAAGCAGCUCCAGCAAAGAUGAGGCCCAAGCAGAAGAUAUUCAGGCCACCAGCUCCACUAUGUCCCAUUCCAUAACCCCCUCAAAGUCAGCCAAACUCCACUGGCCCACAACCACCUCAAGUCGUACCAGGAACAAGUGCAUCAGCUACCCAGGAGACAUUAGCGGCAACAAGCCCGGCCAGAACCAGAUUGUUUAAAUUCAUCCCUAAUCCACCCACCAUUGUGCCUAAGAAGUGAAGAUCUGUGUAGCUUUUAGUUAUGUUGAUUUUGCAGUUUGGCUUAUGCCUUGUAUUUUGUGUUUGAGGCUUACUUUUGACAUGUUAAGCUUCAUCAAACUUUUCAGUUUAGGAGACUUUUUCAUUUUGGGAAGAUUUAGUAAACAGUGGCUAUGAAAAACUUGA